AUGCCAGUUAAGCCUUGCCCAACAAUUAUUCUCAUCGGCCCUGAGGGCGCUGGGAAAACAACUAUUGGAAAAGUCCUUUCAGAGAAACUCGACAGAGAGUUAUUCAGCCUCGAUCGACACCGAAAAGAGCUUUACGCGCCUUUCGACUACGAUCAUGCCCAUGCUAAUAAUCUAUACGAACAAGAGGGCGUGGAGGCGCUAUUAAAGUACUGGAAGUAUUUUGAAUACAGAGCUGUCGUGGACAUAUUGCAAAAUGCGCUGAAGCCUGGAGAUAGGUUUUACGGCAAGAUUCUCGAUUUUGGGGCGGGACAUUCCGUUUUUGAGAACAAUGAGGAGCUCGACCACGUUGCGGAAUUGAUUGCGGCUUAUGAAGGAGUCUUUCUCGUUCUUCCGUGCGACGACGUGGAUGAGGCGCUGAAGAUCACGGAGGAGCGGAGAGGUCAUGAGUUAAGCUACAAUCGACACUUCUUGGACCAUCCAAGUAAUAAGAGAUUGGCGAGGCAUACUGUCUACACGAAGGAUAUCAGUCCGGAGCGGAAUGCUGAGGAGAUAUUGGAAUAUUUGGAUUGA